AUGCCGAGGAGAAGACGACCUGACUUAGGUCGUCGCAGUCAAUCAAAUGUGCGAAGAGCUACCUCACGUGCUAACCGCACUGAUGACCAGAGAGAGACUGAUCAAAAACACAUGAUACAUGGACCUUGCGGACUUUUCAACUACAAUUCACCCUGCAUGGUCGACGGCAAGUGUUCCAAGCGAUACCCAAGAGACCUGCUUGCUGAAACCAUAACGGGAAAUGAUGGAUACUCAUUGUAUCGUCGGCGAUCAGUUGCGGAAAAUGGGCAAUCGGUAGUUGUGAAGGUAAGAGGACAAAAUGUUGAUGACAAUCCAACGAUUGUCUAA